UUCCCCUCUUGUCUGUGGGGUCUCCUGGCACUGAGAGCUUGCUUGUACAGCAGGGCUGGGGCUGGGUUGCCCCAGGAGCAGCAAGUGAGACCAGGGCUCCAUCCAUGGACACGCAGUCCCCCGAGGAGGAGGAGAAGGAAGGAGGAGGAAGGGAGACAGGAGGAAGGCCAGGGGGAUGCUGGGCACACUCCAGGUUUGGGACAGUCAAGCUGGGACUGGCAUGACUUUACGUGCUAUGGGACAGACGGGGCUUUUCCAGCAUUUUGGCUUUGAUUUUUAGUUGAGAGGCGGGCUGAUAAAUCUUCACAUCCUCCCCAGCACUGGGGGUGUGGGACACCCAGGGACCAUCGGUUGGGCACUCGGUCCCGCGUAUGGCAGGGGGGCAGCAGGUUGUGCCAGGGGGUGCCAGGCAGGCCCCGAGCAGGGCCCCACAGUGCGGUCCGUGCCACCCCCCCGCCAAGGGCACCGGGACGCCGGUGGCGUCACGCGGGGCGAUAAGGGCCCGACCCCGCUGCACCCCGCCGCCCGCCGCGGCCCCUCGGCUCCGGGGGCGACGAGCCUGCGAGGGGGAGCUGGCCGAGGCUUGGCCCGGGGAGGGAGGGGGGCUCUGCCUGCAGUCUGCCUUCACGCCUGCCCGCCCGGGCGACGCCGGGCUCCCGCCUGCCCCCCGCGGCCCCUCCGGCCGCCCCCCGCGCCCCCCGGGCCAGGUGAGGCUGCGCUGCCGUCCCUCUCGGAUGUAGGCAGGCGAGACCCCGGAUGGAUUUCGGGAGCGUCAUGAACCAGGCUGUGACCCCCUGCUCCCCCACUGUCAACUAUGAGCUGGAUGCCACAAAAUCCCCCAGGAGUGGGCAGUCACGCUGCAAAACAUCCAGGAGCAUGAGCCUGACUGCAGCCAUGGAGAGCAGCUGUGAGCUGGACCUGGUGUACAUCACGGAGCGGAUCAUUGCUGUGUCCUACCCCAGCACGGCCGAGGAGCAGAGUUACUCCAGCAACCUCCGGGAAGUGGCCCACAUGCUCAAGUCCAAGCAUGGGAACAACUAUGUGCUUUUCAACCUCUCUGAGCGGAGACGUGAUGUCAACAAACUUCACCCCAAGGUGCUGGAUUUUGGGUGGCCUGACAUGCACACCCCUGCACUGGAGAAGAUCUGCAGCAUUUGCAAAGCCAUGGACACGUGGCUCAACGCAGCGGCGCACAACGUGGUGGUGCUGCACAACAAGGGGAACCGUGGCCGGCUGGGGGUGGUGGUGGCUGCCUACAUGCACUACAGCAACAUCUCAGCCAGUGCUGACCAGGCUCUGGACAGGUUUGCCAUGAAGCGCUUCUAUGAGGACAAGGUGGUGCCAGUGGGACAGCCAUCCCAGAAGAGGUACAUCCAUUACUUCAGUGGGCUCCUGUCUGGCAGCAUCAAGAUGAACAACAAGCCCCUCUUCCUCCACCACGUCAUCAUGCAUGGCAUCCCCAACUUUGAGUCAAAAGGCGGUUGUCGGCCCUUCCUGAAAAUCUACCAGGCCAUGCAGCCCGUCUACACCUCGGGGAUCUACAACGUGCAAGGAGACAGCCAGACGGGCAUCUGCAUCACCAUUGAGCCUGGCUUGCUGCUCAAGGGGGAUAUCUUGCUGAAGUGCUACCACAAGAAGUUUCGCAGCCCUACCCGUGACGUGAUUUUCCGCGUGCAGUUCCACACGUGUGCUGUGCACGAUCUUGACGUCGUCUUUGGCAAGGAGGACCUGGAUGAGGCCUUCAGAGAUGACCGCUUCCCUGAGUAUGGGAAGGUGGAGUUUGUGUUCUCCUAUGGCCCUGAGAAGAUCCAAGGCAUGGAGCACCUGGAGAACGGGCCCAGUGUUUCUGUGGACUACAACACGUCUGACCCACUGAUCCGGUGGGACUCCUACGAGAACUUCAACAUCCAGCGUGAGGAGAGUGCAGAGGGGGCCUGGGCUGAGCCACCCCUGCCCAGCAAGCACCUGGAGAAAGAGGUUGGGCACACGCAAGGGCCGCUGGAUGGGAGCCUCUACGCUAAAGUGAAGAAGAAAGACUCCCUCCACGGCAGCACUGGUGCCGUCAACACUGCCCGACUCCCACUCUCGGCAGCACCCAACCACGUCGAGCACACACUCUCAGUGAGCAGCGACUCGGGCAACUCCACCGCCUCCACCAAGACCGACCGCACCGAUGAGCCGGGGGUGACCGCGGCACCCAGUGGCCAGGCGGUGCUGAGCCCCGAGGAGAAGCAGGAGCUGGAUCGUCUCCUUGUCGGCUUUGGCUUGGAGAGCGCGCCGCCCAUGCACAACCACGUGCCCGGCCCGGUGCCCGCACGCCUGCCCGCCAUGCCGGGCCGCCACGUGGUGCCGGCUCAGGUGCACGUCAAUGGCAACGCCGCGGCACUGGUGGCUGAGCGGGAGACAGAUAUCUUGGAUGAUGAGCUGCCCAACCAAGAUGGGCACAGUGUGGGCAGCUUGGGCACGCUCUCCUCCUUGGAUGGCACCACCACUGCCAGUGAGACCGGCUACCAGGAGGCACCUCGCGUGGGCAGCCUGUCCUCCCUGCCCAACGGCCCCUCGAGCUGCAACGGGGCCGAGAAGCUGCUGAAGGAGGGGCUGUACGAUGGCGAGCUGCUCUCCAAUGGUGGCUACCCCUACAACAACCAGAACACCUUGAUGGGUCACCACCUCCGUGACACAUUGCCUUCCUUGCGGCCCUCGGCAUCCACCCAGGAGCACCUGGCUGGCUACCCACAGCGCCUGCCGGGCUCCCAUGCCCCAGGGUGGCUCCAGCCUCAGCCACUGCCCAGCUCCCAGCCCUACCUGUAUGCCUACGACCACCCCGGGACCUACCGCUCCCGGUCCUUCCCGGCGGUGGACGCUGCCAAGUACGACGUGAACCCGGCGCUGCCCCAGGCCCCGGCCCGCAGUACCAGCAGCCGGGAGGCUGUGCAGAGGGGCUUGAAUUCCUGGCAGCAGCAGGGAGGAAGCCGGCCACCAUCCCGGCUGCAGGAGGGUGGCAUGGAGAGCCACAGCCCCAGCAUGUCUAGCUGCAGCCCCCAGCCCAGCCCGCUGCAGACCGUGCCCCCGCACAGCCACAGCAUGCCUGAGUUCCCCCGGGCACCCUCUCGCCGGGAGAUUGAGCAGUCCAUCGAAGCACUGGAUGUCCUCAUGCUGGACCUCGCACCUGCUGUCCACAAGUCGCAGAGUGUGCCUGCCACCUCCCGUCAGGACAAGCCAGCCGGACCCCUGCCCUCCUCCCUUUCGACCCAGCCCAUUGCUGGUCUCUACGCCCGGCCAACUCCGCAGGUGGCCCAGCCGCGGUCCUUCGGCACGUCCCCCGUGGUCUCUGAGCCCGGGGGCAAAGCCUAUUCUCCUGGAGAGCUGGACUAUGGGGUGCAUGAUUAUCGGGAAACCUAUUCACCCUACAGCUACCAGCUGGCACCGCUGCCAGAGCCCAGGAGCUACAGCCAUGCCCCGGCCGGAGCACAGAUGGGCGCUGUCCCACUCGGCACCUCGUGCUACAGCCUCGUGGGGUCUCAGCAGCAACUCACCUCCUCCCCACCUUCCCCCACUGCCACACCACAAAACCAGAUGCCCCUGAAGGGACCGGAGAGCUAUGAAGACCUGUCGAGGUCGGGAGAAGAGCCCUUGAAUCUGGAGGGCCUGGUGGCCCACAGGGUGGCAGGGGUGCCAUCCCGGGAGAAGCCUGCGGAGGAGAGCGCUGUCCCUGCCCGCAAGCGGACCCCCAGCGACAGCCACUAUGAGAAGAGCUCGCCAGAGCCCAGCUCGCCCCGCAGCCCCACCGUCCUCUCGCCUGAGGUGGUCAGCACCAUCGCAGCCAACCCUGGAGGGAGGCCCAAAGAGCCUCACCUCCACAGCUACAAGGAAGCCUUCGAGGAGAUGGAGGGUGCCUCCCCCACCAGUCCACCCUCCAGCGGCGUGCGUUCUCCCCCUGGCCUGGCCAAGACUCCUCUCUCAGCACUGGGGCUGAAACCCCACAACCCAGCUGAGAUCCUGCUGCAUCCCGUGGGAGAGCCCAGGAGCUAUGUCGAGUCAGUGGCCCGCACGGCCACAACGGGCAGGGGAGGGACACUGCCCGCUGCCCAGCCUGCUGCCCAGCCUGCUGCCCAGCCUGCAGGCCCAGAGGUGCCCACCAGGAAUGGCACUUUCUCCAACUCCUUCAUCGCCCCCAGCCCUGUCUCCACCAGCAGCCCUAUUCACAGCAUGGAUGGGGCAUCGCUCCGCAGCUACCCGUCAGAAGGCAGCCCCCACGGCACGGUUACACCUCCCCAUGCCUCAGCUGAGCCCUUGUACCGGUCACCUGUUGGCUCGCAGAUGCCUUCUGCUCACAGCAGCUACCAAAACUCCUCUCCAUCUUCCUUUGCAAUGCUCCAGGGAGGGGUCCCAGGCUCGGCAUACAGCAGCCCCGACUACCCUGAUGGCCGAGCUGGCCUCCAGCCAGAACCCCAAACUCGGCCACAGCCGCAGGUCAGUGUGGUGGGGGUGCACACCCUGCCAGGGAGCCCCCGCAGCCUGCACCGGACAGUGGCUACCAACACACCGCCCAGCCCCGGCUUCGGGCGAAGGGCCGUCAACCCCAGCAUGAGCGGCGCUCCCGGCAGCCCCGGGCUGGGCAGGCAUGCUGUGGUGGCCCCACCAGGGAGCCCCAGCCUGUCCAGGCACCAAGCAGCGGCAGCCACAUCCCCUGGCAGCCCCCUGUACGGCUACUCCAGCCCGGAGGAAAGGCACCUGACGCUGUCUCGGCAGAGCAGCUCCUCUGGCUACCAGCCCCCCUCCACGCCGUCCUUCCCCGUGUCCCCAGCGUACUACCCCGGCACCAGCACGCCGCACUCCUCCUCCCCGGACUCGGCUGCCUACCGCCAGGGCAGCCCCACCUCGCAGCCUGCUCUGCCUGAGAAGCGGCGGAUGUCGGCUGGGGACCGCUCCAACAGCCUCCCCAACUAUGCCACUGUCAACGGCAAGGUGUCCUCCCCGCUCUCCAGCGGCAUGUCCAGCCCCAGCGGUGGGAGCGCCGUCGCCUUCUCCCACACUCUGCCAGACUUCUCCAAGUUCGCCAUGCCAGACAUCAGUCCAGAGACUCGUGCCAAGGUCAAGUUUGUGCAGGAUACUUCCAAGUACUGGUACAAACCAGACAUCUCCAGGGAGCAGGCCAUUGCCCUGCUGAAGGACAGGGAGCCAGGGGCUUUCAUCAUCCGAGACAGCCACUCCUUCCGGGGAGCCUAUGGCCUCGCCAUGAAAGUUGCCUCUCCGCCUCCCACGGUCAUGCAGCAGAACAAGAAAGGAGACUUGACCAACGAGCUGGUGAGGCACUUCCUCAUCGAGACUAGCUCACGAGGUGUGAAACUAAAAGGAUGUCCCAACGAGCCUAAUUUUGGCUGUCUCUCUGCGCUGGUGUACCAGCACUCCAUCACGCCCUUGGCCUUGCCCUGCAAGCUGGUCAUUCCUGACCGAGAUCCCAUGGAGGAAAAGAAAGACUCUGCGUCAGCCGCCAACUCAGCCACGGACCUCCUCAAACAGGGUGCAGCCUGCAAUGUCCUCUUCAUCAAUUCCGUGGAGAUGGAGUCUCUGACGGGCCCCCAGGCCAUCUCGAAGGCUGUUGCUGAGACGCUGGUGGCUGACCCCACGCCCACAGCUACCAUUGUUCACUUCAAAGUCUCUGCACAAGGCAUCACCUUAACGGACAACCAGAGGAAAUUGUUCUUCCGAAGACACUACCCCCUCAAUACUGUCACCUUCUGUGACUUGGACCCCCAGGAACGAAAGUGGACUAAAACUGAUGGCAGUGGCCCAGCCAAGCUCUUCGGCUUUGUGGCCAGGAAGCAAGGGAGCACCACAGACAACGUCUGCCACCUCUUUGCUGAGCUGGACCCAGACCAGCCAGCUGCAGCCAUCGUCAACUUUGUCUCCAGGGUCAUGCUUGGCUCCGGCCAGAAGAGAUGAGCAGGCACUUGCGGGUGAAUCUUGAAUUUUGGAGAAGGACUUGGAGCUGAUCCGAGAAGGAGUGUGAGGAAGUGCAUUGUGGGAGAGGGAAGUGAAUUGGGGGGGGGAAGGGUUGGAAUUUUGGAGGAAAACAGCAAACAACAAAAAAAACCACCAACAAAACCCCUAAAAACUCAACACAAGCCAAACACACACAUAGAGGAACCAAAGCCACGCACCUACAAAAGAGAGCCACAAAGUCACGCCAGACAGGAUGCAUGUCCCGUUGCAGGGAAGGUGACCAAAGCAAAGGCGGCAGUGAGAGGUGUGUUUCCAGCUUUCAGCAUCAUGGCCUCAAGUGGUGGCAUCCAUUUGGGACUGAAUGUGGGACCAUGACUGGUGUUUUCCAUCUGGAAAAAAAAAAAGAGGCAACUGGCAGAACCCAUGGAAAAAGCUUCAUCCCAGCAGCUCCAUCUGCUGUGUGUUUGAACUGACUUGUAGGAGAUACUGACAUGCGCUGGGUCUGUGGGACACCAGAGGAGAUGCUCUCAGAAACCUUCCCUUGUCCAGCUGCAGAGGAGGGUCCUCACUGGUCCCUGUGCUUCCCCCAACACCUGCUCACGACCUGGUAACUUGCUGGGGGCAUGGGGAAAUUGGUCCUGAACCUUCCAAUCCCUUGGGGAGCUUGGCCAUGGGCUGACUUUUGCUGACCCAGAGCCCAGCACUGUGGUGAGACUCUGUGAGUCCACCCAGAGAGGGAGGUCACGCUGUUUCUCCACUUCCCUAGGGGUUCUUGUGCCCCUCAGCCUGUGGGGAGGUGUGGGGGUUCCUGCCACCCUGCACCUGGGGAAGGUGGAUACUCCCCAGGAACCUGGAGGAUGCAGAAAGUCACCUCCUCUCCCAUCUUCCCCUUUUCCCUCCCGUCACUAGUCCUCUUUGGCAGUUUUCUCCUGCGGCCUGUCACAUUCUCUUAACACAGAAAAAGCAAAACAGAAAGGAAAGGAAUAGUUGUAAUAAUAAUAAUGAUUAUAAUAAUAGCGGAUGCUGGCACAGGUGGUUCCCUGUGCGAAGCAGCAGACCCGUGGCUGCCCCUGUCUAGCUCUUCAGAGACACGCAAGCGGUUUUUAAAUUGCAUGGACAUUCAAGUUGCACGAAAGGCAAAAGACUACAAGUAACUCAGGCGCUUUUCUCCUUUUGUUUUGGAGGCCACGUUAAAAAAAUAAAAAGAAGGAAGAAAAUUUAAAAAUAAAUAAAAAAAAGGAAGGGACCUGCAGUGGCUGGGCAGCUUUGGCUCAGUGGGGAGGUAACAGGUCCUCUGAGAGCCACCCUGGUUGAUGCACGUGUACCCCCAAAACCAUCUGGUUCGAGGCUUGUGCCCCUGAAAUGCACCAUAGUUUUGCAGUGACCUCAGUGCUGCCAGCUUUUCCCUUAGCUGUGGUGGGUGAGGAGGGCAAGUUGGGUGGAGUGAGGGGCAGAGGCCCCUGUGCCACUGCAGGGGGAGAGAUCAUGGUGGGGGUGCAGCAGGUGAAGGUCCUGGCCCUGUGGUGCUGGGGAGGGGGCAGAGGAUGCUUCAGUCACAUGUGCAGGUUUAGGGCAGGGGGAAUGGUCCAGCUGGAGCUGUGGGGUCAUUGCUGAGCUCUCUGCUGCAAAUAUUCCCCCCGAGAGCUUUUUUGGGCGAAGUUUUCAGUGCAAAGUGGCCCAGAUAGUCUUCUGGGGACAAAAAUUAGAAACAUAGCACUGCAGUCCCCUGGAGAGCUUGUCUCCCGUGGACCACCCUUGCCUUGAUAGCUAUAAUAUAUAUACAAGCUAUACUGACAAAAAUACUGUAAGCUAAUGAAAUUUUAAGGAGGAAAAAAAAGGUUAAAUUUACGCUCCAAAAAUAUUUAUUUUUUGCCAUAUUGCUUUCUGCGCAUCAUAUCUCCCCCACUAUAUCCCCCCCCCUUCCCCUGCCCUGGGGAAACACCUGCAUGUUAAAAGAAAAUCCAGAGCAAGGCAAAAUGCAGAUGGGGGAAGAGGCGGGGCCCCUGUGUGGGGGUGGCUGCGUGUGACCAGUGUGUGUGUGGUGUGUGUGUGUGUGUGUGUGGGGAAGGGGAGUGGGCAGCCAGACAGGCUGCCAGGGCCAGAGGCUGUGCUGAUGUACUGGAGUGUGAAAGGAUGGGUAGAGAGGAGUUGGCUGUGAGAUGGUGGUGGGACAGGAGGUUCUGGGGAGGGAUUUCCCCCUCCCCAGCUCCCUGGCCGCACAGAUGCAAAGAUCUUUUAAUUUUUGAUGUUUCCAAAAAGUGAUUCCCUCCUUCUGCGAAAUUCAAGCGAGACAAGAGAUGAUGUCACCCGUAAUCUCCUCACCCUGCCGUUCACCCAUCAGAGAAAACACUGUGUUUAUAGAUAUAUAAAGAUAUAUUUUUGAAAGCCUCUAUUUUUCAGACUUGGUUUCUCACUGCUAAGAAAAGAGAUGAUAAUAAUGUAAUUUUAUUUUAAUUUGCUGCCUUGGAAACUGGUGCUUGGAACUCCUAUUUCUCCUUUUCUCCCCAUACAAACGAAGCAGAUCUAAGCACCCAGAGAUGUUGCAUAGAAGCCGACCCCAGCAGAUACCUGCCAAUAGCAUCACGCCUGCUUUGGCCCCGAGCCUCUCCGGGCUUCCCCACUAACCCACUAGCUGAAAAUUUAAACUGUAUCCAAAUCUCAAACACUAACAAAAUCAUCUGAUUAUUGUAUUAUUUUUUUUAACACACAGCUAAUCACCUUCCAAUGAUGUAGCCGGGUGUUUAUCAGUUCCCUUUAAAGGCACUUUUUUUCCCUUUAGCUCCUUUUUUUAAAGAAGGUUUUAAGGUGUAACAACCCUUUCUGUCCCCGGGAGAGACCGUCAGCAGCAUUUAGGAUUGCCCAGGCCCUGGGGACCUAGUGUUGAUAUUUUUUUCCUUACGAAAGGGACAGAAAAUACUCUUUGGGUUUUUUUCUUUUUUUCUUUUUUUUUUUUUUUUUUUUUUUUUUUUUUUAAGUGCAGUCAUGCUAUUUGAGAUUCGAGCUUGCACGAGUUAAGCCCAGCAUAUGUUUCGUUGUAAUCACACUGCCGUUGUCAGCAGCCGGAUGGUAUCUCUCUCUUGCUCACACAUACACACACACAAAACACACACAAACAUAUCCCUCCUUCCUGCACAAAGAACUGCAUAUAUUCUUGCCAAAGAUAUCCUUAAAAACGCACUUUUCCCCACAUAUAUAUAGAUAGAUAUAUAUUAUUUUUUUUCUGUGUGUGUUUAAAUUUAUUGUACGUGCCCUUUUUGUGUCAGUUUGUUCUUUAGAGAAGCCCGUCCUGCCUUUGCUGUCGAUAUUGCUGUCUAUUGGGAAAUGCUCCCUGGGGAGGUAAUUUGCUGUCUGUCCUGCUCAGUGGCACCUGCAAUGCACAGAAUGUGGGGUUCCCAUUCAAUGGGGCUGCCUCUGGCUCUGCCCCUGGGAGCUGUUUUGGGAGAUGAACCAUGUCAUCAACUGCUGAUGGGAUGUACCAUUGCAUGGUCUUCAUCACUGGUGGAGACAGCAGGGCUCAUGGUUUCGAGCAGAGUUUGGGGUUGCUCUGAAUGCAACACUUGCUGGCUGCCUCCUGGUCAAAUUACACGUGCAAAACAAACCAGGUAGGGAGAAAAACCCAACCCAGCCUCUGGGCAUUGAUUUUUCAGUGAAUUCAACCGCCUGAACCAAAGCUCAGAGUAAAUCCCCACCCAGCAGGUCGGGCAGGUAAAGAAACCAGUUGCCCCAAAAACCCCAGACAACAGCAUCAACAAAAGGCAACCCUUCCCGUUGGAGCAGGCAGGAUGAUCAGACAGCAAAGGAGCCCGCAGGGGCUUGUUUCAUUUUGUUCGUUUGUUUUGCAAAUUGCGAGGUUGGUUUGGGGUUACUAUUUUUUUUUCUUUUCCUUAAAAAGGAAAAAAAAAAGAAAGAAAAAAGGAAGCAAUAUGACGUUUCUGUUGGCGGAUCCUGUGCCGCCGUGUUAUGCGUGGGGUUUUUUUUUGUUGUUGUUGUUGUUGUCUUUGUUACUUUGGGAAUGUUACAGAUUUAUUUGCUAAUCAGUGUUAACAAACAGUUUCAAACUUUUAGACUUGCCCAUUUCUGUGUAUUUAUAUAGAUGGAAAAAAAAAUACAUUAUAUUUUGUAUCUUUAUGCCCAUAAUGUUGUUGUGCGUGUAAGGAUGACUUCGGUCGCAUGUCCGUGUGUGAAUGUCACUCCGCUGUUGUCUUCCCAUUGUACAGAUGUUGGAUUCUUUGCAGUUCAUUGUAUGGCUUUAUAAAGUUGUAAAAACGACAAAAAAAGAACCAGUUAUAUAAAAUAUACUGUUGCUUGGAAUGCCA